AUGGAAUCUGUUGUGAUCAUUACAACGUGUAAUAAUUAUGAUUAUUUUAUAUAUUACCUUGAUAUGCUCAGUAAACGUACUAAAUUAUCAAUUGAUACAAAAUAUAUUGAGGGAUUUUUGAAAUUCAAAAAAGAUACAAAUAAUAAUUAUGAAAUUUUAUUUCAAUAUUUUAACAUAAUAAAACGAUAUUUUGAAUAUAUUUAUGCGAAUGAUUCAAGUAAUAACAAUAAAUAUUGUAGAUACAUUAAUUACUGGAUAAAAACGCAUUUCAAAGAAGAUCCAAUUAUUGAUACUGAUCCUAUGAUUGCUUAUUCCGAUGAUUAUGCUAAAAAUUAUAUUUCUAUUUUAAAUAAAAAAAUGAAAAAUAAUUGUAAAAUUGAAAAUAUAGAUGAAGAUAUAUAUAUAAUAAUAGGAAAUCUAUAUAAAAUAUGUGAUAAUUAUACGGGUAUACUUUAUUAUAUUAGAAAUAAUGCACAAGAAUAUAAAAUAAUUAAUAAUAUUAAAAGUUUAAUUGAAGAAUAUAAUAAACUCAUAACCCCAAUUCAAUAUUCCAAGGAUAAUGAUUUUCUUAAUUAA